CCUGUCUCAGAGAAGACAGAGCUAUUCAGAGGGAGAGGGACAGCUGACAACAACCACGACAAACAACACCCACAACAUCAGGUUUUCCUCUCCAAUCUCCAGGGAUGGACCAAUCUCUGUUCCUCAUCCUGUUGUUCUCAGGGCUGUCCAUCCUCCCGUCAUCCCUGCCUCAUCAGUUCCACUUUGUGAACUUGAGAAAGACCUGGACUGAAGCUCAGAGGUUCUGCAGACAGAACUACAUUGACCUGGCCACCAUAGAUGAGGACAUGACAGAUAUGAAGAAGCUCAAUAACACAUUAUCAGCAGCUGGUUGGAUAGAAUCAGCCUGGAUAGGACUGUAUUACAACAUCUGGAGGUGGUCUCUGGGAAACUUAGAGUUAGAGGGGGAGGGGUUUUGGGCCCAAGGACAAACAAAUAUUGAUCCCAACAGCAAAGAUGUCUGUGUGUGUAUGAUUCAAAAUGGGUCUUGGUUUAAUAACAACUGUAACACGACAUCGAAUUUCGUCUGCUAUGACAAAAAUGCGACCAAUAAGUACAUUCACAUAUAUGAAUCUAAGACUUGGAGUGAUGCUCAGAGCUACUGUCGGGAGAAACACACAGACCUGGCCAGUGUGAGGAACAAAGCAGAGAUGGAGGCCAUAAUGACUAUCAUACUGAUCAAUGCCAAAAAUCAAAUAUACAGAGUGUGGAUUGGCCUGCAUAAUUCUCUUGGCGUCUGGAGGUGGUCCGACCAGAGUGGCUCCUCCUACAGCAACUGGGACUCAGGAGAGCCGAAUGGGGCAGGUGAGGGAAAGGAAGGAUAUUUCUGUGGAGAAGUAAUAUCGUCUGGAAAGUGGAACGAUAAAGGAUGUACUCAAAAACAACCCUUUAUUUGCUACGAUGAUGAACUGGUCCUGGUCUCAGAGAACAAGACGUGGUCAGAUGCCCUGCGGCACUGCAGAGACCUGGACAUGGAGCUGGUGUCUGCCCACAACCAGACCAUCCAGCACUGGGUCCAACAGAAGGCCAAGAAGGCCUCCACUCCCUUCGUCUGGCUGGGCCUGAGGUACACCUGCACCCUGGACAUCUGGUUCUGGGUCAAUGGAGAAGAGUCCUGCUACCACAACUGGGCUGUCGGGGAGGGCUACAACCCCAUGAAGGGGCAGUGUGGGAACACGGGGGCCAUACAGAGAGACGGGGGACAGUGGGUCAGCAGGUCUGAGACUGAGAGAUUCAACUUCAUCUGCAGCAACAGUACUGAUUACUAAAACCAGAGCCUGUUCUCUGGACCAGCUGAACCGUACAGUCCAACACAUUGUUCCAGAAACUGCUCUGUAGACCAGCUGAACCCUACAGCCAAACACAUUGUUCCAGACCCUGCUCUGUAGACCAGCUGAACCCAACAGCCCAGAAUGUUCCAGAUAUACUCAGACUUACAUCAUACAAGGUGAUAGAUACUCAUUAUUUAAAAUAUAUAUUUUUAUUUGUUUACAGUGAGCUCCAAAAGUAUUGGGACAGUGACAAAUGUUUAGUUGUUUUGGCUCUGUACUCCAACAUUUUCAUUGCAUGUUAGGAAUAUGGGACCAAAUAUUUAGGUUUUGACUAUUUUAGUACAUAUUGAAGUGAAUUUGUACCAAUACGUUUGGUCCACUAAAAUGGGGGGCCUAUGUACAAAAAGUGCUGUAAUUUCCAAACUGUUAAUUAACCCGAUAUGGAUGAAAUUACUGACUGUCUGGACUUUAACCUCAUACUCAUUGUAUUAUUAAAGAUCCAAAGUGCUGGAGUACAGAGCCAGAAAACAAACAUAGUGUCACUGUCCCGAUACUGUUGGAGCUCAAAGGAAAUAAAACAUAGAGCUACGUAGAAUUCUCUGGAAAUAAAACAUAGAGCUACAUAGAACUCAAAGGAAAACAAACAUAGUGUCACUGUCCCGAUACUGUUGGAGCUCAAAGGAAAUAAAACAUAGUGUCACUGUCCCGAUACUGUUGGAGCUCAAAGGAAAUCAACCAUAGUGUCACUGUCCCGAUACUGUUGGAGCUCAAAGGAAAUAAACCAUAGUGUCACUGUCCCGAUACUGUUGGAGCUCAAAGGAAAUAAAACAUAGUGUCACUGUCCCGAUACUGUUGGAGCUCAAAGGAAAUAAACCAUAGUGUCACUGUCCCGAUACUGUUGGAGCUCAAAGGAAAUAAACCAUAGUGUCACUGUCCCGAUACUGUUGGAGCUCAAAGGAAAUAAACCAUAGUGUCACUGUCCCGAUACUGUUGGAGCUCAAAGGAAAUAAAACAUAGAGCUACGUAGAACUCUCUGGAAGUAAAACAUAGAGCUAAUUAGAACUCACUGGAAAUAAAACAUAGAGCUACAUAGAACUCACUGGAAAUAAAACAUAGAGCUAUAUAGAACUCUCUGGAAAUAAAACAUAGAGCUACAUAGAACUCACUGGAAAUAAAACAUAGAGCUACAUAGAGCUCUCUAUAAAUAAAACACAGAGCUACAUAGAGAUCACUGGAAAUAGAAUGUUGAGCUACACAGAACUCACUGGAAAUAAAACAUAGAGCUACAUAGAGCUCUCUGGAAAUAAACCAUAGAGCUACAUAGAGCUCUCUGGAAAUAAAACAUAGAGCUACAUAGAGCUCUCUGGAAAUAAACCAUAGAGCUACAUAGAGCUCUCUGGAAAUAAAACAUAGAGCUACAUAGAGCUCUCUGGAAAUAAAACAUAGAGCUACAUAGAGCUCACUGGAAAUAUAAUGUUGAGCUACAUAGAGCUCACUGGAAAUAAAACAUAGAGCUACUUAGAGCUCUCUGGAAAUAAUUAGCUGUUGCAAAAGUAGUAGCUACAAUUUCUUCAUGAAACAUGAAACAACAUAACAUAACACAGAACAUUAAUAGACAAGAACAGCUCAAAGACAGAACUAUACCAGUUUAUAAAAUCCACACGUAGCCUAACCUAUAUCUCCGCACACUGACCCGGUACCGGUGCCCCCUGUUUAUAGCCUCGUUAUUGUUAUGUUAGUGUGUUACUUUUCUUCAACUAUUUUUACUUUAGUUUAUUAAGGCACAUUUUUUUUAACUGAAUAUUGAACUGAUAUUUGAUAUUAUAUGAGGAGAUGGAAACAUGAUUUAAUAAUGACAUGUUUUAUAUGCAAUGUAAUAUUAUCCUACCACACUGUUGUUGUUUCCAUAUUUACUUACUAUACUUGUUGAUGUUAAUGAAUGUUAAAGGUGAACUUUUAGUUGUUCUAAACAUUCAGUUGAUUUAUUUAUUUUCUAUUACAACUUGCUGUUACUGUUUCCAGUCUAUUCCACUUAUUCAUUAUUUUAUCUAGACCGUUAAUUAUAUUCCAUUACAGAAAUGUUUUAAGAUCUUUUGAGUGGUUUAAGUUGUGUUAAAUAUAUUGUACACAUGUCAUUUUUCUAUGAUACUAGUGUGUAACAUUUAAAAGACAGUAUCUGUUCUGGUGCUGGUGGUGGUCUUCAUGUAAAGUGGCAAUCUGUGAUCUGGAAUUCCAUUUUAGGAUUUAAAAUUAUGUACCCAUUGAUUCUUGAAGAUUAUAACUUAUAAAUGCCUCGUGAUUUUAGUUCAACUGUCAUUUCCCAUCAGAACCCAAAAUGUAAACAUUUUUUACUCCAUUGUUUGUAAACAAUGUAAUUGUAAACAAACACGGUUUAGUCUCAGAAUCAUAGUUUAAACUAUAAUGUUGAUAUCAUAGAUGGUCAUUCUGUAUAGUCUCAAAAACAUAGUUUAAACUAUAAUGUUGAUAUCAUGGUUCGUCAUUCUGUAUAGUCUCAGAGUCAUAGUUUAAACUAUAAUGUUGAUAUGAUGGAUGGUCAUCCUGCAUAGUCUCAGAAAUAUAUGUUAAACUAUAAUGCUGAUAUGAUGGGAUGGUCAGUACAUGAAAUCAUUGCUCUGUCCAUUAAUUUGAGAGUGGCUACAUUUCUCCAGCUCCAUCCUAAAGAUUUUCCCAAAAUAGUGGUGGGGUUUACGCUUUGUUACUGGUUAAACUGCAGAUUUCCCCUUUAACUAUUUGACUAUGGUACACUCAUCCUUUACACUGUACAAAAAAAUCAAUAAAGUUAUGAAAAGACCUCUA